UAAAGUGAAAGAUUAAUACCACAGAUGAGCCUCUCAAGAUAUCACAUAUCACGCAAAAUCACAUACUUUUAUGAAAAUGCAUCCAGCAAAAGGCACAGGAAACAGGGAUUUCCAGGGCCUAUUAAGACUUCAAUCUGGCCUUGGGAUGAGGGAGGCAUAAAUAAAUGAUGGUGGUGGUGCACAUGCUACUCGCUCAUCCCAACCCAGUUGUGCCGGCUCAGUGGACUUGAAUUCUAGAGGACCUGAGUUCAUAACCCAGUUCUGCUAUUAACUUCCCCUCACCUCUCAGGGACUCAGUUUCUUCAUUUGGAAAAUGAAGAUGUUGGACUAGAUAACGGUCCUUUUCACCUCUAACGCUUGUAACCUGCCCGUUCUUUUCUUACCCUCCCCACCCCUCAAUCCCUCCCUGCCUCGUCCCAUUCUCCAGUCACACCCCCAAAAUUGGGUAAACUCCCAAGGCCAAAAACUAUCUUGUGCUUGAUCAAGGCAUAGAUUCUUGGAAGCUCAGACGCAACGUCCCUGAAGGAAUUACAAAGCAAUAGUUUCCCCCAGCUCCAGGGCAGAAAUCAUAAGCCUCAUCCCCAAAUCCACGUGCGAACACAGAGAGCAAAGGAUUAUUCAUGCACAAGGCACGAUCACCGAGUUGGUCUUCCAAGCGCCUAGAGAGACCGGAAGUCCUCCCUCCGCAGGGAGGAGAAGGAGCUGGAGGGGCUGGGCUCGGCUCGACUCGGCUCCCGUUCGGCAGCGUUCGGCCGGGCUCGGUUCCCGCUCGGCUGCAUUCGGCCUGUCUCGGCUCCCGCUCGGCCGCGUUCGGCUUGUCUCGGCUCCCGCUCGGCUGCGACAGCCCGUCGGGUGGGCAGCCUCGUUCUCACGCUAGCUCUUAGGGCCUCAGCUCGGGCUUGGGGCGAUGGCGUCUCGCGCGGGGCCUCGGGCGGCGGGCACUGACGGCAGCGACUAUCGGCACCGGGAGCGCGUGGCCUCGCAUUACCAGAUGAGUGUUACCUUCAAGACUGAGAUUAAGAGGCUGAUCUACAUUCACAUAGGUCUUUGGCUCCUGUUAGCAGCCCAGAUGUGUGUGGGGCAUCUGAAGCUCCUGUCCUACGAUCAAGUUGCCAUGCCCUACCAGUGGGAAUACCCCUACCUGCUGAGCAUUGUGCCCUCUGGCUUUGGCCUGCUGUCAUUCCCCAGAAACAACAUAAGCUACUUGGUGCUCUCCAUGAUCAGCACGGGGCUGUUCUCCAUUGCCCCUCUCAUCUAUGGCACCAUGGAGAUGUUUCCUGCCGCUCAGCAGCUGUACCUCCACGGCAAGGCAUACCGUGUCAUUUUUGGCAUCUCUGCUGUCGCCAUCAUGUACCUGGUGCUGGUAGUGGCUGUCCAGGUGCAUGCCUGGCAGCUCUACUAUAGUAAGAAACUACUAGACUCUUGGUUCACCAGUACACAAAGAGAAGAAGCGCAAAUGAAGCUUGACACAUGGACUAUGGGCUGUAAUUGGGGGCAGGCAUGGGGUUGGGGGAGGGGGGAGGGGAGGCUGGGCCUCAAAUGGAGAAGAGUGGGAGUGUAGAGGGACUAGUCCUGAAAUAUUCUCCAAGCCUCUGGCCUAAUAAGGUUGGCAGCAGGUUCACACUAAGCUGUGAUUCCAGGAAACACUUCCUACCUCCCUCACCUGCGUGUUUGAAAGGCUCUGUUGAUGUAAGACUCUUGGAGUUAGAUGAAGUUCCCUUGGCCACAUUGGAUGGUCUAAUUCAGUAGCUUGAGCUAAUGAGGUUUUGGCCCUUCAGGAUUCCCCUUAGGGAUGGAUUAUCCUCUGCAUCUCCUACUUAUUAUCUCUUUUACUCCUUCCCUCCAUACCUUCAACUCCUUUCCUGCAGCCAAGAGGACAAACAGAGGCCAAGCAGAAGCUGGUAAUAAAUCGGGUUCCAUCCUUUCUAGGAAGGAAGUAACUAUGGGUUGUGGUCUCUGAUGCCAAGAAUCAUGACUCCGAAAGGAACUCAAUAAAAUUCAACUGUGCCCUGAC